ACAAGAACCGAGAACAAGAAGCAUGAGGGAAGCGGACGAGGACACGACCGCCAAGUGCUUGGCCGACGAGUGGCCCGAACCGAUCGUCCGGGUUCAGUCCCUGGCCGAGAGCAACCUCUCCGACCUCCCCGACAGCAACCUCCCCGACCUCCCCGACCGGUACGUAAAGCCGCCGUCCCAGCGCCCGUCGACGACGACCACCGUAGACUCGGAUCACCACCGACACGCAAACAUCCCGAUCAUCGAUCUCGCGGGGCUUUUCUCCGACGACCAGGCCCUCCAGACGGACAAGACGUCGGUCCUGGAACAGAUCUCGGAAGCUUGUCGGGAGUGGGGGUUCUUCCAGGUGCUGAACCAUGGAGUGAAACCGGAGCUUAUGGACGGCACGAGAGAAGCUUGGAGAGAGUUCUUCCACUUGCCGGUGGAGAUGAAACAGUGUUUCGCAAACACGCCGAAGACGUACGAAGGGUACGGGAGCAGGCUGGGCACGGAGAAGGGUGCAAUUCUCGAUUGGAGCGACUAUUAUUUCCUUCACGUUCUUCCUUUGCGUUUGAAGGACUUCAACAAGUGGCCUUCUUUGCCUCCUAACAUCAGAGAAGUGGUUGACGAAUACGGGAAGGAACUGGUGAAGCUAGGAGGGAGGUUAAUGAAGGUGUUAUCGCUAAACCUAGGAUUAAGACAGGAUCAACUCCAAAACGCGUUUGGAGGAGACGACGUUGGGGCGUGCUUAAGGGUUAAUUAUUACCCAAAAUGCCCUCGACCGGAGCUAGCCCUCGGUCUCUCCUCCCACUCCGACCCCGGCGGCAUGACCAUUCUCUUACCGGACGAUCAAGUUGCCGGUCUCCAAGUUCUCAAAGACGAUGCCUGGAUCACCGUUAAACCUCUUCCUCACGCUUUCAUCGUCAAUAUCGGCGAUCAAAUCCAGGUGCUGAGCAAUUCAAGAUGCAAGAGCGUGGAGCACAGAGUGAUCGUGAAUUCGGAGAGGGAGCGGCUGUCGCUUGCCUUCUUCUACAACCCCAAGAGCGACAUCCCGAUCCGACCCUUGCAGGAUCUCGUGGGCCCCGGCAAUCCCCCGUUGUAUCCCCCCAUGACCUUUGACCAGUACCGUCUCUUCAUCAGAACUCGGGGUCCACGUGGCAAAUCUCAAGUAGAUUCUCUCCUAUCCCCUCCCUGAUUUUAUUUUAUUUUUGUUAAUUAUUUAUACACAUAUUUCAUGUUUUUGAUUGUCGUACCUUUUAUAAUUUAUUUAGUACUUAUAAAAGUUGAAAAGAUGUGUUUUGUUUUGUUCAUA